CUUUCUCUCUCUCAAACCUUUUUAGCUCCGUUGCCACUUGUUGGCAACCUGCCUGUCGGCCUUUCUGUUCCUUGCCACGGCGUGUAAACACGCCUCUCUCUCCUCCGCCUUCAACACCCAAGCCUUCACUCCCCCAAUAACCCCCCACCACCACCACCUUCUCUAUCUCAUUGCCCCAACAAUUCACAAAUCUCAUACUCUCUCUCCUCCAAUCUCUACAAUGAAAAUCAAACAAUCUUCAAACUCGGCCUCUCAAACCCUCACCGCCAAUACCUCUCAAGAUGCUCGCCUUCUCGUACGCGAGACUCUCCGGAUCAGCGCCAACCUCGCGUCCUCGCCUCCGCCGUCGACGGUAGCGGCGGAGAGUGGUGGAUUGAGGCGUGAGGCGAGCUCGGGACUGCUUGAUGAACAAUUUGUUGAUUCGAGCUUGAGAUUGAUUUGCUGCGAAGAGCUCGAUGGUCGCCGCUGGAAAUACUUUGCUGAGACCGGCGGUUCUAUGCAAUUCAAGAAGGGAUCGAUCCGUGCUGUCAGUUUACAGACACCCCAGGCUCCCGUUGAUGAGUUGAUGUCAUUUAUAAGAUCCUAUGUAGUGCCAGAAGGUUUCCCUGAUAGUGUUAGCCCUUCAUACGUGCCAUACAUGACAUGGAGGGCUCUAAAGCACUUCUUCGGUGGAGCUAUGGGUGUUUUCACAACACAAACGCUGUUGAGUUCAGUUGGAGUAUCCAGAAACACAGCAACUCAAGGUGCUGUAGCCGUCAACUGGAUUCUUAAGGAUGGUGCAGGCCGGGUUGGGAAAAUGCUUUUUUCUCGGCAAGGGAGGAAAUUCGAUUAUGAUCUGAAACAGCUUCGGUUUGCGGGGGAUAUUCUGAUGGAGCUGGGUGCUGGGGUAGAAUUGGCAACUGCAGCAGUGCCACACCUUUUUCUGCCUUUAGCUUGUGCUGCCAAUGUUGCUAAGAAUGUUGGUGCAGUCACAUCAACAUCUACUCGUACUCCAAUAUACAAAGCUUUCGCUAAAGGAGAAAACAUUGGCGAUGUUACUGCUAAAGGAGAAUGCGUUGGCAAUAUUGCAGAUUUGCUGGGAACUGGAUUGAGCAUCAUAAUGGCAAAAAGAAAUCCUUCUUUAGUCAACACAUUUGCCCUCCUCUCAUGUGGAUAUGUUCUCAGCUCUUACCAAGAGGUAAAAUCUAUUGUGUUGCAUACAUUGAAUAGGGCAAGAUUCACAGUGGCAGUAGAGUCCUUUCUUACGACAGGUCGAGUUCCGACUUUGCAGGAGGGAAAUAUGAUGGAAAAUAUAUUCAGUUUUCCAUGGUCAAAACACAGGCCUAUUGUUCUUGGAUCAAGAUUUAAAGAUGCAUUCCAAGACCCAAAUUCGUAUCUUGCAGUACAGCCUGUCUUUGAGAAAGAGAGAUAUAUAGUGACAUAUAACCCAUCUAAGGGAAAUAUAUAUGCUCUGUUCAAGGAUCAAGCAAAAUCAGAUGACAUAUUGAAAGCAGCUUUUCAUGCCCACGUUCUCCUGCAUAUAAUUCGUUCAUCGAAUGAGCAUCAGUCAGGAAAGUAUCGAGAAGAUAGUCAUUCAGUUUUCAAGCCCACCUUUGUCAAUCUUGAGGCUCGUAUUGCAGAAUCUUAUAAACUGGUCUCAGCUUUAUAUAGGCCAUUCAAGAGCAAAGCCAUAGAAAAGGGAUGGAUGAUGUCUGAAUCACUUCUUAAUCCUGGCCAUGCUCGUCUAUGUGAAUUGGUUAGUUGAGAUGAUAUGAUUGCACUCAACCAUUUCUACACAAACUUGGGCCUGGUUUGCCUGCCGUUCAGCUUGCUUUUGAUUCUUCGAACAUUUAAUGGAUAAGAUCACAAAAGCAUGCACGUAACAGGGAGGGUUUGCAUUGCACCAAUGAAGUGAUGGAACUAUGAUUGCCAUCGGUUCUCUGCUUGAGAAACUAAUGCUCUUAGCCUCUACGUGAUCUGAUGUAGAGGACUGCAUGACGCUUUGGCUCAGCUAAGGGGAAAGUGCAGUUAUCAUAGAGCUGUGAAGCGUAACAGUAAACUCUGGAACAAAGAGUUCAUUUUUGUUUUCUUGUUUAUAUUGGUUUUGUUUUUCCUUCAUAAUUUUCUUGGGGCUGCUUGGUUUGUCAGCAUAUAUAUAUAUAGACGACCUGGGAAUAUUGGUAGGGGUAAUGAUUUCUUUAUGUAUCUUUUAUUGCACAGGGACAUUGAAAAAUUGCAGUAAGCUGUUUUAGAGCAUAGAUACAUGAAGAAAAUCUGAGGUACUCAUUUCUCCUGAUGGAACUUGAGAGCCAUGUUUGAGUAAUUUAAUAUAACGAAGAACCAAAAUUUCAUGCU